GAGAAACCACAAACUGAGGCCCCAACAUCUGAGGCCACUCCAACAACAGCGGUGCUGGAGGAGUUGAGGGUGUCCAGCGUCACCCCCAAAUCUGUGCAGCUGCAGUGGAGUGUCCCCAGGGGCUCCUUUGACUCCUUCAUGCUGCAGUACCGGGAUGCCCAGGGCCAGCCCCAGGCCCUGCCCAUCGAUGGCACGUCCCGCUCAGUGACAGUGCCAGGGCUGGCCCCAUCCCAUCGGUACCGCUUCCACCUUUAUGGGUUGCGGGGCAAGAAGAAGAUUAACCAUGUCUCCACUGAGGCUGUGACAGCUGGAGAUGAGCCAGAGGAACAGCCCCUGUCCACAGAGGAACCACAGCACGAGAAACCGCAAACUGAGGCCCCCGCUUCUGAAGCCCCUCCAACAACAGCAGUGCUGGAGGAGCUGAGGGUGUCCAGCAUCACCCCCAGCUCUGUGCAGCUGCAGUGGAGUGUCCCCAGGGGCUCCUUUGACUCCUUCAUGCUGCAGUACCGGGAUGCCCAGGGCCAGCCCCAGGCCCUGCCCAUCGAUGGCACGUCCCGCUCAGUGACGGUGCCAGGCCUGUCCCCAUCCCGUCGGUACCGCUUCCACCUUUAUGGGUUGCGGGGCAAGAAGAAGAUUAACCAUGUCUCCACCGAGGCUGUGACAGCAGGAGAUGAGCCAGAGGAACAGCCCCUGUCCACAGAGGAACCACAGCACGAGAAACCGCAAACUGAGGCCCCCGCUUCUGAAGCCCCUCCAACAAUGGCAGUACUGGAGGAGCUGAGGGUGUCCAGCAUCACCCCCAAUUCUGUGCAGCUGCAGUGGAGUGUCCCCAGGGGCUCCUUUGACUCCUUCAUGCUGCAGUACCGGGAUGCCCAGGGCCAGCCCCAGGCCCUGCCCAUCGAUGGCACGUCCCGCUCAGUGACGGUGCCAGGGCUGUCCCCAUCUCGUCGGUACCGCUUCCACCUUUAUGGGUUGCGGGGCAAGAAGAAGAUUAACCAUGUCUCCACCGAGGCUGUGACAGGAGAUGAGCCAGAGGAACAGCCCCUGUCCACAGAGGAACCACAGCACGAGAAACCGCAAACUGAGGCCCCCGCUUCUGAAGCCCCUCCAACAAUGGCAGUACUGGAGGAGCUGAGGGUGUCCAGCAUCACCCCCAAUUCUGUGCAGCUGCAGUGGAGUGUCCCCAGGGGCUCCUUUGACUCCUUCAUGCUGCAGUACCGGGAUGCCCAGGGCCAGCCCCAGGCCCUGCCCAUCGAUGGCACGUCCCGCUCAGUGACGGUGCCUGGCCUGUCCCCAUCCCAUCGGUACCGCUUCCACCUCUAUGGGCUGCAUGGAGCCAAAAGGAUUGACCGUGUCUCCACCGACACUGUCACAGCCAGUGAAGAACCCUUGCCCUCAGAGGAGCCCCAAGAGGAGAAGCCCAAAACUGAGGCCCCUGCAUCUGUGCUAGCGGUGCUGGAGGAGCUGAAGGUCUCCAGUGUCACUCCCAACUCUGUGCAGCUGCAGUGGAGUGUCCCCAAGGGCUCCUUUGACUCCUUCAUGCUGCAGUACCGGGAUGCCCAGGGCCAGCCCCAGGCCCUGCCCAUCGAUGGCGGGUCCCGCUCAGUGACAGUGCCAGGCCUGUCCCCAUCCCAUCGGUACCGCUUCCACCUCUAUGGGUUGCGGGGCAAGAAGAAGAUUAACCAUGUCUCCACCGAGGCUGUGACAGCAGGAGAUGAGCCGGAGGAACAGCCCCUGUCCACAGAGGAACCACAACACAAGAAACCGCAAACUGAGGCCCCUGCAUCUGAGGCCACUCCAACAACGGCAGUGCUAGAGGAGCUGAGGGUGUCCAGCGUCACACCCAGCUCUGUGCAGCUGCAGUGGAGUGUCCCCAGGGGCUCCUUUGACUCCUUCAUGCUGCAGUACCGGGAUGCCCAGGGCCAGCCCCAGGCCCUGCCCAUCGAUGGCACGUCCCGCUCAGUGACAGUGCCAGGCCUGUCCCCAUCCCAUCGGUACCGCUUCCACCUCUAUGGGUUGCGGGGCAAGAAGAAGAUUAACCAUGUCUCCACUGAGGCUGUGACAGCCAGUGAAGAACCCUUGCCCUCAGAGGAGCCCCAACAGGAGAAGCCCAAAACUGAGGCCCCUGCAUCUGAGACACUCCCAAUGCGAGGAGUGCUGGAGGAGCUGAAGGUCUCCAGUGUCACUCCCAACUCUGUGCAGCUACAAUGGAGUGUCCCCAAAGGCUCCUUUGACUCCUUCAUGCUGCAGUACCGGGAUGACCAGGACCAGCCCCAGGCCCUGCCCAUCGAUGGCACGUCCCGCUCGGUGACAGUGCCAGGCCUGUCCCCAUCCCACCGGUACCGCUUCCACCUCUAUGGGUUGUGGGGCAAGAAGAAGAUUAACCAUGUCUCCACCGAGGCUGUGACAGCAGGAGAAGAGCCAGAGGAACAGCCCCUGUCCACAGAGGAACCACAGCACGAGAAACCGCAAACUGAGGCACCCGCUUCUGAAGCCCCUCCAACAACGGCAGUGCUGGAGGAGCUGAGGGUGUCCAGCAUCACCCCCAACUCUGUGCAGCUGCAGUGGAGUGUCCCCAGGGGCUCCUUUGACUCCUUCAUGCUGCAGUACCGGGAUGCCCAGGGCCAGCCCCAGGCCCUGCCCAUCGAUGGCACGUCCCGCUCAGUGACGGUGCCAGGCCUGUCUCCAUCCCAUCGGUACCGCUUCCACCUCUAUGGGCUGCAUGGAGGCAAAAGGACUGACCGUGUCUCCACCGACACUGUCACAGCCAGUGGAGAGCCCUUGCACUUAGAGGAGCCUCAACAGGAGACACCUAAACCUGAGUCCCCUGCAUCUGAAGCACUCCCAGUGCGAGCAGUGCUGGAGGAGCUGAAGGUCUCCAGUGUCACACCCAACUCUGUGGUGCUGCAGUGGAGUGUCCCCGAGGGCUCCUUUGACUCCUUCAUGCUGCAGUACCGGGAUGCCCAGGGCCAGCCCCAGGCCCUGCCCAUCGAUGGCGGGUCCCGCUCGGUGACAGUGCCAGGCCUGUCCCCAUCCCACCGGUACCGCUUCCACCUCUACGGCCUGCGGGGCAAGAAAAGGACUGACCGUGUCUCCACCGAUGUUGUCACAGGUGGGGAGGAAGCUGACCUAGAGGAUCUCCCCUCAGCCUCAAUGGACACCCCAAAUGAGGUCUCUAGAACUGAGGCCCCCAGAGCUGAGGACCACAAACCUGAGCACCCCCGAACUGAGGCCCCCUCAGCACGGGCUGUGCUGGGAGAGCUGAAGGUCUCCAGUAUCACACCUGACUCUGUGGGCCUGCAGUGGAGUGUCCCUGAGGGCCCCUUCGAUUCCUUCAUGCUGCAGUACCAGGAUGCCCAAGGCCAGCCCCAGGCUCUGCCCCUCGAUGGCGGGUUGCGCUUGGUGACGGUACCAGGGCUGUCCCCAUCCCACCGGUACCGCUUCCACCUCUAUGGGAUUCACAGGGGGGAAAGGACUGAUCACGUUUCCAUCGACGUCAUCACAGCAGCCACAGAUGAGCCAGAGCAGCCACCCUUGCCCUCAGAGAAGCCCCAGACUGAAGCUCUGCCAACUGAGGACAACCAAUCUGAGCACCUCCAAAGUGAAGUCCCCCUGGUGCAGGCGGUGCUGGGAGAGUUGAAGGUUUCCAGUGUCACACCUGACUCCGUGCAGCUGCAGUGGAGCAUCCCCAAGGGCUCCUUUGACUCCUUCAUGUUGCAGUACCGGGAUGUCCACGGCCAGCCCCAGGCCCUGCCCAUCAGUGGAGAGUCCCAUUCAGUGACUGUCCCAGGGCUGUCCCCUUCCCACCGGUACCGUUUCCACCUCUAUGGGCUGCAGGGUGGGAAGAGGAUCGACCGUGUCUCCACCGACAUUGUCACAGCUGCAGCCAAGCAGGAGGAGCUGCCCCUGCCAUCAGAGGAGCCCGAAACUGAGGCCAUCUCAUCUGAUGCCCUGCCAGCACGGGCAGUGCUGGGAGAGCUGAAGGUCUCCAGUGUCACACCCAACUCUGUGCAGCUGCAAUGGACUGUCCCCGAGAGCCCCUUUGACUCCUUCGUGCUGCAGUACCGGGAUGCCCAAGGCCAGCCCCACGCCCUGCCCAUUGAUGGCAGGUCCCGCUCGGUGACAGUGCCCGGGCUGUCCCCAUCUCGCCAAUACCGCUUCCACCUUUAUGGGUUGCAAGGUGGGAAAAGGACUGACCACGUGUCCACCGAUGUCGUCACAGAUGCAGCAGUGCCGGAGCAGCUGCCUCUACCCUCAGAGGAACCCCAGCCUGAAGACCACAAACCUGAGCAGCCCCAAACUGAGGCCAGCCAGGGACAGGCGGCACUGGGGAAGUUGAGGGUCUCCAGUGUCACACCCAACUCUGUGCAGCUGCAGUGGAGUGUCCCCGAGGGCUCCUUUGACUCCUUCAUGCUGCAGUACCGGGAUGCCCAGGGCCAGCCCCAGGCCCUGCCCAUCGAUGGCACAUCCCGCUCGGUGACAGUGCCAGGCCUGUCCCCAUCCCACCGGUACCGCUUCCACCUCUACGGGCUGCGGGGCAAGAAGAGGACUGACCGCGUCUCCACCGAUGUUGUCACAGCUGACCCAGAGGCUCUGCCCUCACCCUCAAUGGACACUCCAACUGAGUCUCCCGCAGCUGAGGAUCACCAAACUGCACAUCCCCAAGCUGAGGCCCCUCCAUCUGAGUCCCCAUCAGCACGGGCUGUGUUGGGAGAGCUGAAGGUCUCCAGUAUCACACCUGACUCUGUGGGGCUGCAGUGGAGUGUCCCUGAGGGCCGCUUUGACUCCUUCACACUGCAGUACCGGGAUGCCCAGGGCCAGCCCCAGGCCCUGCCCAUCGAUGGCGGGUCCCGCUCGGUGACAGUGCCAGGCCUGUCCCCAUCCCAUCGGUACCGCUUCCACCUCUACGGGCUGCGGGGUGGGAAGAAGAUCGACCACGUCUCCUCUGAUGUUGUCACAGCUGACAGGGAAGCUGCAGCUGUGCCAGAGGAACUGCUCCUGCCCUCAGAGGAACCCCAAGCUGAGAGACGCCAAACUGAGGCCCACCCAUCUGCAACCACCCCAGCACGGGCAGUGCUGGGAGAGUUGAAGGUCUCCGGUGUCACUUCCGACUCUGUGCAGCUGCAGUGGAGUGUCCCCAAGGGCUCCUUUGACUCUUUCACACUGCAGUACCGGGAUGCCCAGGGCCAGCCCCAGGCCUUGCCCAUCGAUGGCGGGUCCCGCUCAGUGACAGUGCCUGGGCUGUCCCCAUCCCGCCGGUACCGCUUCCACCUCUAUGGGUUACAGGGCGGGAAGAGGGUCCACCAUACCUCCAAUGAAGCUGUUACAGCUGCAGCCAACUUGGAUGAGCCACCCAUGCCUCCAGAGGAGCUCCAACCUGAGGACACCCAACCUAAAGAUCCCCCAGUCAAGUCCCCCUCAACUGAUGCCCCAUUAGCACAGGCAGUGUUGGAGGACCUGAGAGUUUCCAGUGUCACGCCCAGCUCUGUGCAGCUGCAGUGGAGUGUCCCCAGGGGCUCCUUUGACUCCUUCAUGCUGCAGUACCGGGAUGCCCAAGGCCAGCCUCAGGCCCUGCCCAUUGAUGGCACAUCCCGAUCAGUGAUGGUGCCAGGGCUGUCCCCAUCUCGUCGGUACCGCUUCCACCUCUAUGGACUGCAGGGAGGCAAAAGGACUGAUCGUGUCUCCACCGACAUCGUCACAGCCACAGCCAAGACAGAGGAGCUGCCCCUGCCCUCUGAGGAGCCCCAACCUGAGGACCCCAAAGGAAAAGAUCCCUCAACUGAGGCCACCCCAUCUGAGGCCCCCCCAGCACGGGCAGUGUUGGGGGAGCUGAAGGUCUCCAGCAUCACUCCCAACUCCGCACAGCUGCAGUGGAGUGUCCCUGAGGGCCCCUUUGACUCCUUCACGCUGCAGUACCGGGAUGCCCAGGGCCAGCCCCAGGCCCUGCCCAUCGAUGGCACGUCCCGCUCGGUGACAGUGCCAGGGCUGUCCCCAUCCCAUCGGUACCGCUUCCACCUCUAUGGGCUGCGGGGUGGGAAAAGGAUUGACCACGUCUCCACUGAGGCCAUCACUGGCGCCCCAGGGACCCUCUGGGUGGGCUCUGUGUGGCCCCGCAGUGCCUGGCUACACUGGGACCCCCUGCACACCCCUCCUGAUGGCUAUGAGUUGGAGUAUGGCCCCCCUGGGGGACCCCAGCAGACCCUGUGGCUGCCUCCCGAGGCUACGUCGCAGCAACUGUGGGGGCUACAGCCAGCAGGACGCUAUGGGGUGCGGCUGUGGAGCCGAGGGGGAGACCCCCAAGCUGCCCCCCUCGAGACCAUCUUUGACACUCCCCCACUCCCGCACCCGCACCCCCGGGACUGCGCCGAGGAGCAGCUGAAUGGGCCAGGCCCCUCGCGGGAGACCCUCAUCUUCCUCCGGGGGGACCCGGCCCGGCCCCUCAGGGUCUUCUGCGACAUGGAGACGGAUGGCGGCGGCUGGCUGGUGUUCCAGCGCCGCCAGGACGGGGGCACCGAUUUUUGGCGGGGGUGGGAAUCGUACGCCCACGGCUUCGGCAACGUCAGCGGCGAAUUCUGGCUCGGCAACGAGGCGCUGCACGAGCUGACGGCCGCCACCCGGACGGAGCUGCGCAUUGACCUGCGGACUGCCCACGACUCCGCCUUCGCGCUCUAUCGCGACUUCGCCGUCGGCAGCGCCGAGGAGCGAUAUCGGCUCCGCGUGGGAGCGUUCAGCGGCACCGCCGGCGAUGCCCUCUCCUACCACUCGGGCAGCCCCUUCUCCACACGGGACCGAGACUCCCGGGACCCUCGGGACCGCCGGGACCCCUCGGGGCGGCCCCGGCCCCCUCCCUGCGCCGUGGCCUACGGGGGAGCCUGGUGGUACCGCAACUGCCACUACGCCAACCUGAAUGGGCUAUACGGGACCCCCCGAGACCACCAGGGCAUCCACUGGUUCCCCUGGAAAGGCUUCGACGUCUCCAUCCCGUUCACCGAGAUGAAGCUGCGGCCGCAGCGUGGCUGAGGGGGCUGGGGGGCUCCCCUGAGUGCUGGGGCUAGGGGAUUCCAGAGUCUGGGGGGUCCCCUGGGUGCU